AAAAUAUCGAAUGAUAAUUAAACACACAUUAGUUUUCCUGCAGUGUUGUGAAUGUACCUAGUAUUUACCCAUCUGCGUUUAGUGAAUUUAUAAAAUAAAAAUGAAAGUCAUCGCAGUUGUCUUGUUGGCAUUGGUGGCUGUCGGGAACUCAUUGCCUUCAGAGCAACAUCAAGUUGAAGUGGUUCGCGACAGCAGGAAUAUAAUCAGCGACCUAAUAGCUGGAGCCAUCGAGAACGUAGCCCAGUCUCUCCGGGACGAUGGCUACGACCCCUUUGUACAUGACGGGCUGAACUUUGGCCUUGGACUGCCAGUGCCUAUCCUCUUCGACACGAACGCGCAUGUCGACAAUAUCGUGGCAACUGGUGUCAGCAACAUAGUCAUCAACGACCUUCACUACGCCAUCUUUAGCUCUCGUCUUACGCUGGACAUCUCUCUGCCUGAAAUCGCUCUCUCUAUUGAUGACGCUGGUUUUGACCUGACUAUUUUGGGACACAGAUUUAAUGCCAGAGGAUUGGGCAGAUUAGCCAUCAGUGGAAUCAGAAUAGCUGGUCAAGUCCAGCUGAGCAUCAGCCUCUUGGGACAAACUACUGUUCGACAAUCCAGUCUUGAGUUUGACUUGGGUGGCUUACAGUUUAAUGGCUAUGUGAACGUGAUGGGUAUCAACCUUACAAACGACGUGAACAAUGUCGUCAGUUAUGAAAUCCCCAGGAUUCUAGCUGAACUCAGGGCCGAAGUCAACGAGUUGGUGAACAUCAUCGCUAAAGACCUGAUUGAAGACAUCCUCAACUAGAUCCACAAACUCUACCUCCCGACCUCACUGACGUGUAUAAUUUAUUUACAAAUAAAUAAACUUUAUUUUUAAA